GUGUGGCGUUCAGUUGGUGGUGGUAAGUGUCGUCGCCGCCACGCCAUUCUUGUAUUCCCAUGUCCCCACCCAGUAGUCCAAGCGACAGCCUGCCACUGCUUCAGUUCCGCUCCGCGAAGGUCAUCCAUGAGCCGCGGGGCACGUUCUGGACGUCCGUGUUUGCGUUGGUGGGCACGAUGAUGGGUGCUGGCGCGCUCUCCCUCCCCAGCACCAUGGCGCAGGCCAACGUUGUACCCGACAUUGUCUUGUUCCUGUUCAUGGCGGUGAUUGCUGCGGCGGCGUGCAAUGCGUGCGUCGCGACCUCCGAGCACACUGGGAAGCACUCGUUCGAGUCGAUGGCGGCCGUGAUGUUCGGGCCGUGGCGGCAGUGGUUCGUGCGCGUGCUGACGUUGGUGCUUCUCUUCGGUAUCCAGGCCGUCUUCUUCGUGGUCAGCCUCGAUCUGCUGCAUCCAUUCGUCGCAACGUACGUGAGUCGACUUGUCCUCGGCGCGGUGCUCACCGCCGUCACCAUCCCUCUCUGCCUUGUCGAAACCAUGUACGCGCUGCGCUACACGAACGCCAUCGUGGUCGGGUGCAUGCUGUACAUCUUCGUUGUCGUGGGGAUUCGAGCCGCGAUGGUCGGUUCCUGGCCUGAGCAGGUCACGGACGUCACGACCACCUCCGCCAAGGGUCUUCUGUAUGCAUUGCCCAUCCAAGCGCUGAGCUUUGGGUGCCAGAUCAACUCGGUGCGAAUCUAUGGCGAACUCAAAGACAAGACCCAAAUGACCCAUGUAAACGCGUGGACGAUGGUGCUCGGGUUCGUUUUGUACGUGGCAUUCAGCGUGCUAGGAUUCAUCUGCUUUCAAGGAUUUCCUCCCGCGGAUAUCUUAACCGGAUUCCCCACCGACGACUGGCUUGUGAACAGCGUUCGCCUUGUCUUGGGCAGUUGUGUGAUUUUGAAAAUCCCGCUCAUCUUUCAACCGUUCAUGCAGGUAUUGGAAGCCAUUGCGCUGCCUACGUCUGUGUCAGAAGGGGGCGACGGACGUCCGUUUCGAGUGAGUGCGACGAUCGUGUCGCUGAUUGGAGCGUUUGCGAUGGCGGUGACGUUUAAAGAUCUCAGUGUUUUGAUGGGCUUUGUCGGGGCUACGGGAGAUAUCAUGCUCAACUUUGCCGUGCCAGGGAUGUUUUUGAUCGAAGUGGGGACAAAGACCAACGACAGACGAUCAAAGUGGCUCGGGAGUUUCCUGCUAAUCACGGGCAUUGUCAUGGCCAUUUUGAGCUUGAUCGGGUUACUCGCUUGAUAAUAUUGGCUACAGUACACAACCACGGCAAAUAUCUGUUUUCUCCCCGUACUACAUCCCACAUACAAAAAUCAAGAUAAUACUGUAAUCCUUACGAGUUGUAAUUCUCAAUAUUCAAAAUUCGUGUCGUCCACA